CUACUCUGUGGCCAGACUCAACAGGGCAAUGGAUGAACCCCUGAUUUUAGGGAGCUCUCCCUCAACGGGACGCUCAGAUCGACUGGACCAUUCCGGCCAUAGGACGAGUCACGGCUGUCCGCCCGCUCAGAGAAGGCCAAUGACAGUCCCUUCCAUUGAGAUCACCGUGGAGAAUAACAGUGAGGGGAGUGAAGGGAACCUCUCACAUAUCAAGGAUGAUGUUUACUAUACCAAUGUAGCCCACCGCAGGAAAUCGGCCCCACAGCGAACAGAGCACCGAUAUGAUGGUUAUGGAGGACGAGACGGGCGGUCUCCGGACUACUAUGAGUCCGAGCCAGAGGACUUGUCCCGAAUCUUUGUGGCCAUGUUUGACUACGACCCCUUGUCAAUGUCUCCGAACCCCGAUGCUGCUGUAGAAGAGCUUCCCUUCAAGGAGGGCCAGAUCAUAAAGGUGUUUGGAGAGAAGGACACAGAUGGCUUCUAUAGGGCAGAGAUCUGUGGCCGCAGGGGGCUCAUCCCCUGUAACAUGGUCUCAGAGAUCCAGACGGAUGAUGAUCAAAUGAUGGACCAGCUGCUCAAACAGGGCUUUCUUCCUCUCAACACACCCAUUGAGAAAAUAGUAAACUGUAAUAGGUUCAAAGAUGGCCGUUCAGUUAAUCGCAGGUCCAGGAAAUCCAAGAGAGAGAGGAACAAAAGGAGUGGAAGGCAGCACCCGGUGCCGACGCGGAGGAUGGUGGCCCUGUAUGACUAUGACCCCAGAGAGAGCUCUCCUAACGUGGAUGUGGAGGCCCACUAUGAGGGCAGCUUGCAGAGUGAGGAGGCCGAGCUGACGUUUUGUGCUGGUGAUGUGAUCACAGUGUUUGGAGAGAUCGAUGAGGAUGGCUUUUAUUACGGGGAGCUCAAUGGACACAAGGGUCUGGUCCCCUCCAACUUUCUUGAAGAAGUGCCUGAUGACGUGGAGGUUUACCUCACCAAGACACCGAGCCGUCACCCCCAGGACCACCCGUCCCGGACAAAGAACAAAAGGCCGGUUGCUUUUUUGAUGGAUCAUUGAAGGAAAACAGAAAACAAAAGAGAGACAGCUUACUAAACACAGAGACAUACCGUAAAAUACAAGACUGAGGAACCUUUAUCUUUAUGUCAGAUGAUCUGCGGAGGAGAAAUGUGAACUGUUAAUGAAAUUGCAUAUUCAUAAAGCGUUGUUUGGAAAAGAAGAAUUCACACAAAGAGGCGUGCCAGAUUAUUAGCUGUUUAUUGUUAUUAUUUCUGGAAAAAGAAGCACUAAAAGACUAUUAUUUUUUACAGAAUACACAAGUGAGGCAUUGUAAUAGAAGCUUUAUGAAUGUAAGUGUGUUUAAAAUUGAACUCAAUUUAUAAUAGAGGAGAUAGUUUUGAUGUACAGAGAACUGAAUCCAUGUGGAACUGUAGAACUGCAUGCUUUUUCUUUCAGAAUGCUUCGACUCCACAGUGAAUUUUUUUAAGGUGCUUUAACGGAUUGAGACCAGUUAAAAAAAAACAACAACAACCUUAAACCCUUUUGUAUAUGUUUCCAAAAUUAUUGUUUUUUGUGUAUUGCUGAUAUAUAAGACUAUCAACUUAAAGAAAGACACAAAACAUAUGUUGCAAGUAGAGAGUUAUCAAGAAUGAUUUUAUCUGUAGUUGUAGAUAUUGUACAGUGGUCUGUAUAAAAAAAAGAGAGAGAGAGAGAAAAUAUAUAUAUAUAAAUAAUUGCUGAUGGAUGUUUUCAAUCAUCAGGACUUAUCAAGGUUUUUCUGUACUGAAAGAUUUGUUAUUCUUUUCUCAUAUUCAUUGUGCAGACAAUUGAGAUGCAUUACAUCAUGGCAUUGUUUUUUUUUUCCUCACUUGCUUGGCAAAACAGAAGAAGAGUGUUCAUUUCACUCCGUAACGGCUCAGUAUCUGUCACGUAAGUGAGCAACAGAGGAUACCACAGAUAAUGCUGUCCUCGUCUAAUGCACACGACUGUUGCUCCUGGUAUGCACAGAACACAUGCAUCACAUUCACCCCAACCAUAUAGAUGAAAGAUCCAAGAAAAUUGGUUCGCACUCACAAAAACAUUACGUUGCUGCCUAAACUUAGAGUGGAAGUUUAUAUACUGUAUGAAC